AUUCAUGAACGCAUGGUUGGCUCUGUUACUUGACCUUGGCUUGUUUAUGAUUCGAGCAAGCUUGAGCAUGGCAUGGCGUGGCCGGUCAGUAUGUUUAUACCCGUGGCCAGCCACGGGCCCUCAUACCAUUCUCGUCUGACUUCAGGAUUUGAAGUCAGACCUACUAAUAAUUUGGCGCGUUUGCCCCAUGCUCAUCCAAUUUGGCAUGUCUAUGGUUGUUCGCUUGGUUGCUCGCUUCACAACUCAAAGACAAGUCUCCUAGUUGAGACAAAUGUCUCGGAGGCAACCAAGACUUUGACCCUCAUUGCAUACUCCAUUUUUUUAUAAUAAUAAUAAACUGUCGGUGGCAAUCAUGUCCCCUACAUCCUCUACAGUCUACAGCCCUAGGUGUAGGAUUACCAAUAACAAAUAUUUUAUUAGGUCAAAAAAUAUUCAGGCCAGGCGUCAUCUUUAAAAUGGCACCUCUGGUGAGAUGUGAUGAGGAGCAGAAUUUGUAUGGCCGACAAGCAUUUGCAGAGAACUCUGCAAGAAUUUCCUGGAACCGAUAUUAUAAAGUAUUUGCGCUUCUCUUGUCGUCAAUAAUGAUGAAUUUCUCAGAUUGAAGGCUUCUUUAUUUUCUCUUGGAAAUUUGGAGGGCCCGGAAGUUGAAUUUAUUUGAAGGCAUUUCUGUGCUCCAACGUCGCCCUUAAUCUAUCCAAGUUCACUUUGCUGACAUCUUUUUUAUCUUCUUCUCGAUUAGGCCUCUAAGACUUCUCUGGCAAUCAUCUGGUUUCUUGCUAUGUGACUGCUUUCGGAGAGUUGCUCUUGCAGGGUCAAUUCUACUCUCUACAACUUCUGUCCUAAUGGCACAGCUAUCGGCGGCACGGAAAGGUCUCGGGAUGGUUGUUCAGGAUCUUCGUGCCACCACACCACCAAUAUCUGCAAUACCUCAUCUGCUACUCAUCCCUACUUCCGCAACCAUGGUGUGUUGCUCAACUUAUUGAGGAUUUCCGGGCCUCACAGAUUUGUAGAGAAGGGACUCAAUCGGCCAACCUCUUGGCCAACAUGGCUGUCCCUCGCAAAACUCCCGAUUUGGAUUAGAUCUAUCAGCUCAAUAUAGCCCGAUCCAACUAGAAAGCAACACCAACACUUCCAAACAAAGAAGAAAAAAAGGACAGGUCGAUCAUUUUUUUAUUCGUAUUUCUUUUCGGUUGGGUUGUUCCACCACUGAAUUGGUGGACCUAAUCCAACUAAUAAUUUCUUAUGCCUAUACCAGACUCAAAUUAAGGUUCAAGCUCUAGCUAUUACACACAUAUUAAGAGAAAAAAAAAAAAAAAACUCUAUGAAUGACUUACCCAUGUGACACUCGGUACUCUUUAGCCAAUGAUAAACCAAGCAAGAAAUAGAGUGGAGGUAGAUAGAAACAACUGAGAACUAUCAAGGUUCUAGUAGAUCUGUAUCAUAGUAUCCAUUAAAUAAAUAAGCAAAUACUUCUCAAAUUAACCAUAUAUAAUUUUUCCUUUGAGAAGAAGAGAAGUAGCCCGAUCCUAUUGAUGUUUAAGAAUGCACUAUUCAAGAAUGAACUUCUGAAUUCUUAGUUGCUAACUAGAAGGAUGGUACCAUCAGGGUAAGAAAUGGUUCACCUUCCAGUCCACAUUAACUGAUAAUUUUCGUCCCUCGAUUUUGAUCACCACGUUUAAUUCUAAUUAUGUACCUACUUGAGUAUAACUGUAUACAGAACCAAAUAUAAGUACACAGAACAAGUAACUGCAUUCAAAACACUUGUAUAAGACAAGUAUAAUAUGCUAAGUUUAUGAACAACUCAAAAAAUAAAAAUAGUGGUUAAAUAAAGGACUGAAUGUUAAAUUGUUCUUCACAAAUACUCUCAGGAUGAUCACCUUCUUCACGCUUUUUUUAAUAUGCCAUGUCUCUGCGGCAUCCAAAUCCACAAGUUUGGGAGCCCUCCACUGCUUACCCUUCCAUACCCACCGUAUCCUUCGCACGUAAUACCUUUCCCAAAAGCAGCCCUCAUCUUCUAAAGCUCAUAAAAUAUUAGCAUAACCACCAAGCAACCAAAGAUAUCAUAAGCCAAAACCCCACAUGGAGCCACAAUUGGAAGCCAAGAAACGAGUUCCCUCCGCCCUCCUCACCUGCAAUGCCUCGUCCUCGUGCGAGGCGGUUAUUCGACUCCUCACCAGAAACCAACCUCUGUGAAAGCUCCCUCCCAUCCUCUCCUGGCACCCAAGUCCAAUGUUCUUCCUUAUUCCCAAAGACUCCAUCCCCCUCCCACCAGAAUCCAUCCACCAACUCCGACGCCUACCCAGGCCUUUUUAGCGAGAGCUCCACAUGCUGCUUUGGGCCGAAGUGCAGGAUCUUCCCUUUGUCUCUCAUGGCGCAUGGCAUUCGCAGUCACGCCACGGCUCCCGCGGCCCCCCGAAUGAGAGUGAAGGACAUGAGUGUGAAACAGAGAAGGCAAGAGCUUGAACAAGAGGUGGCUCAGCUUCAGAAAAUGUUGAAUGAUGAGGAGAAAGUGCAUGAAGUUCUGGAACGCGCACUACUCCCUCAAGCUGCUAGACACACCCUUCAUAUUCCAAGCUUCCUUCCAAAAAAGGCAAAAGAACUUCUGGCAGAACUUGUAAUGGUGGAAGAAGAGAUAGCUCGUCUUGAAGAUGAAAUAAGCAGAAUUCAGCAAGGUUUAAACAAUGAACAAGAAGCUCGAAUAAAGGAGACUUCAAUAUCUAAUCAUUGUAAGCAAAUAAAUGAUAGUACAGUUUCACCUCUUGACCAUCCACCGACAGCUCCAUCUCAAGCUCCUGGUACCAAAGUAAUGCAAGAGAAGGUUGCAAUGGAAACCAAACCUAUGUUCUUCAUAAACCAGGCAAUAAAAGGAAACUACUUAAUCCACGGUUUCACUAAUGAUGGAGAUAUCAGAAGCAUAGUUAAGACUAUUGGUAGAAGGGAAAAUCAGAGGGUGGUGGAACUAAAAGAGAGAGUUUCAAUGAAAAGCGGAAUGAUUGAGAAGGCAUCUAUGCCUAAGCUGCCCCCAAGACCUCCAACAACUAGAUUCAAUUUUCAGCCAUCAAAUGCUGAUGCAGAUAUGCUACUCAAACUCUUACAAGAACCUUCUUCCAUUGCAAAGUCAUCAGAUAAGGAGUAUCAAAAAUGCCAGCCAAACAAAUUAUCUGAGAAAAUUAUGAAGUGCUUGAUUUGCAUUUUCUUAAGGUUGAUAAGAACUUCACGAGCUGUGGAACUAGAAAAAGCAGGCAAUUUAUCAAGGUCCAACAGCUCAUUUUUAAGAUCAGGAAGCUUCAGAGCUGAUGGUAGUGUGAAUUUAAAUGCAAGCAUUACCACUCAAAAGGAGACGAGGCAGCAAGAUCCCUAUGGGAUUUUUCAGAUUGAAGGUUCUCUUUCAAGAGAUAUUGGUCCUUAUAAGAAUCUUGUUAAAUUCACAUUGAGUUCUUUGGAUUUAAAGGGAAUAUCAAAUUCUCUUUCUUUACUGAACCAAUUAAGGGCGCUAUUGAACAGCCUCCGAGAGGUGGAUUUGAGAUUUUUGACCCACCAUCAGAAAUUAGCAUUUUGGAUCAACUUGUACAACACCUGUAUCAUGCAUGGAUUCCUGGAGCAUGGUUUGCCAUCAGAUCCAGAAAAGGUGCUUGGUUUGAAAAAUAAGGCUGUGCUUAAUAUUGGAGGAAACAAACUUAAUGCUUUAGCAAUAGAACAUUUUAUUCUAAGACAACCAUCAAGCAUGAAAGAGGAUCAUUGGAAAGGUGAGAAGGAUGACAAAGAAGAAGCCGUACGGAGUAUUUAUGGAUUGGAACACCCAGAGCCUAAUAUUAUAUUUGCAUUAUGUUCCGCAAGCAAAUCUUCUCCAGCUGUGAAAAUAUAUACAUCUGAUAAUGUCUUAAGUGAGUUGGAAAAAGCAAAGUUGGAGUACCUACAGGCUUCCAUAGUGGUGACUAGUACAAAAAGGCUGAUGAUCCCAAAGCUCCUAUUCUCCAACAUGCAUGACUUCGCUGAGAACUUGGACUCAUUAGCGGAUUGGAUAUGCAACCAGCUUCCUACUUCUUGGUCUUUAAGGAAAUCUAUGGUUGAGUGUUUGAAAGGGAAAAGUAAUGGAAAAAUAUCUGACAUCGUGGAUAUAAUGCCUUACGAUUUUGAAUUCCAAUAUCUAUUGCCCAUGUGAAUAUUUUUUUGUAAGAUUAGCAUAAAAUUCAGUGGUGCAUGGUGAGAAGAGAUAAGCAGUUGUUUAUGGGACAUAUAUGUUAAUCUUUUUAAAUCAAAUUCUUUUGGAGGGAAAAUUUUAAAUUUUGAA